CAUGCAAGUUCACAGCCCCAACACGUAGCAGUUUGGGGGUCUUGAUAUAUUAUACACCUCCCCUUCCCACCUCUCCCCACUUCCACCCCCUACCAUGGCCGACCGCAGCCGCCCUCAGCCGCACCAAGUCCAAGUCCACCCCCAGCAGCCGCUCCACCGCUACGAUGCCGGCGCCACCAAGGCCCCGCGCCACGGCCCCUCCACCGGCCAGGUCCUGGCCGUGAUCACCCUCCUCCCCGUGGGCGGCGCCCUCCUCGGCCUCGCCGGGAUCACGCUCGUCGGCAGCCUCAUCGGCCUGGCCGUGGCCACCCCGCUCUUCGUGAUCUUCAGCCCCAUCCUGGUGCCGGCCAUCAUCCUGCUGGCGGGCGCCGUGGCGGCGCUCCUGACGUCCGGCGCGUUCGGGCUGACGGGCCUCUCGUCGAUCUCGUGGGUGCUGAACUCUUUCCGGCAGGCGACGGGGCAGGAGCCGCUGGACUACGCGCGGAGGCGCAUGCAGGAGGGGACGAUGUAUGUCGGAGAGAAGACGAAGCAGGCCGGAGAGACGAUCAAGGGCACGGCGCAGGAAGGCAUUCAUGUCGGCGGCGCUCGGACUUGAAGGGAAUUUGUGGCCUGAAAUCGAAUAAUGAUAGAGGAAAUAUUGCAGUUUGUUGGAAUGUUUAUGUGCUUGUUCAUGUAGAGAUAAUUAAUUGCAUGCAGUUAAAUUUCGAGUGUUGUUUAAUUCAAACUUAUGUGUUUGUCUGAGUACAAUUUAUCUGCCCAA